UCUCUGCUGUCUUAGUUCACCUAGAUCCGCUCCAACCCUCAAACACGCGAGUGCCUGUGCUGUCACUGCUACUCAUGGAGAAACCAUCUGUUCUCAACUAUCACAAGGAGACAAACUUUGAGGAGUUUAAAUAAAGAAACACCUGCAGACAUGAGGUUUUGGGGAGGAGGAGGAGCGGCGCUCCUGAUGCUGCUGCUCGGCCGCUGCUGCUGCCCCAGUCCCGACAGGAAAGUGUGUCAGGGAAUGAGUAACCAGCUGACAUUGUUGGGGACCCAUGAUAAUCAUUAUGACAACAUGGUGAGGAUGUACUCCAACUGCUCUGUGGUCCUGGAGAACCUGGAGAUCACCUACACCCGGGAGCACCAGGACCUGUCCUUCCUCCAGUCCAUCCAGGAAGUUGGCGGCUACAUUCUGAUCGCCAUGAACGAGGCUGCCAACAUCCCGUUGGUCAAUCUGAGGCUGAUCCGAGGCCAGAACCUCUACGAAAACCAAUACGCUCUGCUGGUGAUAUCCAACUACAACAGGAACACCUCUUCUGCAACUCUCAACUACACCAGUGGGCUGAGACAGCUGCAGCUCAGCAGCCUGACGGAGAUUCUGAAGGGAGGGGUAAAGAUGACCCACAAUCCUUUGCUGUGUAACACUGAAACCAUCCAGUGGUGGGACAUCCUGGACAAAGCCAGCAAUCCCAGCAUGCUUUUCAAGACAGAAACCUUCACACGUAAAUGUGAGAAGUGUGAUCCUGGGUGUGUAAACGGUUCAUGUUGGGCAGCAGGACCGGAUCACUGUCAGAGAUUCACAAAGUUGCAGUGCGCGGAGCAGUGCAGCAGAAGGUGUCGCGGUCCAAAGCCCAUCGACUGCUGUAAUGAACACUGUGCUGCUGGCUGCACAGGACCUCGAGCCACCGAUUGCCUGGCCUGCAGGGAUUUUAAUGAUGAUGGAACCUGUAAAGAUGCUUGUCCUCCUCUGACACUCUAUGACCCCAAAACCCACCAGGUGGUCAACAACCCCAACGCCAAGUUCACCUUUGGGGCAACCUGUUUCAAGGCCUGCCCACAUAAUUACGUGGUGACAGGUGGAUCAUGUGUUCGUACCUGCAGCGCUGGAAUGUACGAGGUGGAGGAGAACGGAGUCCAACGCUGCAAAGCAUGUGACGGUCCCUGUCCUAAAGUCUGUGACGGAGUCGGCAUUGGCACUCUGAUCAACACCAUGGCCGUCAAUGCCUCAAAUAUUGAAUCCUUCCGGAACUGCACAAAGAUAAAUGGGGACGUCUCCCUCAUUGAAACCUCUUUCACUGGGGACGCACACUAUAAAAUCCCACCCAUGGACCCGGCUAAACUGGAGUACUUCAGGACAGUGAAGGAAAUCACAGGUUUCCUGCUGAUCCAGUCCUGGCCAGAGAAUCUGACCUCUCUGUCAGUGUUUGAGAACCUGGAGAUCAUCAGAGGAAGAACAACACGAGCUCAGCACAGUUUGGCGGUCGUGAGGGCAAAGCACCUCCGCUGGCUGGGCCUGCGCUCUCUGAAGGAGGUGAGUGCUGGCCGGGUGAUGAUGAAGGACAACUCUCAGCUCUGUUACACUGGGCCAGACCAGUGGACCCGCCUCUUCAGAUCCAACGACCAGACCACCAGCAUGCGCAACAACGCCCCCCCCAAAGUCUGUGAACAACAGAAUCAAACCUGUGACCUGGAAUGUACAGAUGAUGGCUGCUGGGGUCCAGGUCCUACCAUGUGUGUGUCCUGUCGCCAUUUCAACCGCUGGGGGCGCUGUGUGGCAUUCUGUAACCUGCUGCAGGGCGAGCCCAGAGAGGUGGAGGUGAACGGCAGCUGUGUCGAGUGUCACCCGGAGUGUCUGCUGCAGAGAGGGACCCCAGCCUGCCAUGGACCGGGUCCAGACCAGUGCUCCCAGUGCGCCCAUUUUAAAGACGGCCCCCACUGCGUGCCACGCUGCCCCCAUGGUGUGCUGGGAGACAAAGACAUGCUGAUCUGGAAAUACCCUGACAGGACAGGCCAGUGCCAGCCCUGCCACCAGAACUGCACCCAGGGGUGUUCAGGUGCUGGACUCUCUGGAUGCACCGGUGCUGCCACCCACUCCAUGUUGGCGGUGGGCGUGGUUGGUGGGCUCUUGAUUGCUGUCAUUGUGUCAUUGGUUAUCUUUGUGCUGCUGCGGCGACGGCAAAUAAGGCGGAAGAGAACAUUGCGCCGUCUUCUGCAGGAGAGAGAGCUGGUGGAGCCCUUGACUCCGAGCGGUGAAGCUCCUAAUCAGGCACUGCUGAGGAUCCUGAAGGAGACAGAGUUUAAAAAAAUCAGGGUGCUCGGCUCUGGGGCCUUCGGGACUGUCUUCAAGGGUCUGUGGAUUCCUGAAGGAGAAAAUGUGAGGAUCCCAGUAGCCAUCAAAGUUCUCCGAGAGGCCACAUCACCUAAAGCCAACAAAGAAAUCCUGGAUGAGGCGUAUGUGAUGGCAAGCGUGGAUCACCCUCAUGUGUGUCGUCUUCUGGGGAUCUGCCUGACGUCGUCAGUCCAGCUGGUGACUCAGCUGAUGCAGUAUGGCUGCUUGCUGGACUACGUCCGGCAUCACAGGGAACACAUCGGCGCUCAGUGGCUGCUCAACUGGUGUGUCCAGAUAGCUAAGGGCAUGAACUACCUGGAGGAACGUCACCUGGUUCAUCGAGACCUGGCAGCGAGGAAUGUCUUGGUGAAAACGCCAAACCACGUCAAGAUCACCGACUUUGGCCUUGCCAAGCUGCUGACAGCCAAUGAGAAGGAAUACCACGCCGAUGGAGGAAAAGUUCCCAUUAAAUGGAUGGCGUUGGAGUCGAUCCUCCAGUGGACCUAUACCCAUCAGAGUGAUGUCUGGAGCUACGGUGUAACAGUGUGGGAGCUUAUGACAUUUGGUUCCAAGCCGUAUGAUGGCAUCCCGGCCAGUGAGAUUGCCUCAGUGCUGGAGAGAGGAGACCGGUUGCCCCAACCCCCUGUCUGCACCAUUGAUGUCUACAUGAUCAUGGUGAAAUGUUGGAUGAUCAACCCAUCCAGUCGUCCCAGGUUCAGAGAGCUGAUAGUGGAGUUCUCAAAAAUGGCCAGAGAUCCGUCCAGAUACCUGGUCGUACAGGGUGACCUCCCCAGUCCCACAGACAGCAGGUUUUACUCUCGCCUGCUGAGCUCAGAUGACAUGGAGGACGUGGUCGAUGCAGAUGAGUACCUGCUGCCUUACAAAGGACUGGAUAACCAUGACAACCGUGCCUGCAACACCACGAACGGUCAUCCAGUCAGAGAGAACAGUAUCGCUCUGCGUUACAUCACCGAUCCAACUCACAAUGCACUGGAUAAGGAAGACUUCACCAGCCAUGAAUACAUGAACCAGAGUUUAAGUGAAACCAGCUGUAGCAGCAAGCUGUCGGAGGUUUUGAAUCCCAACUACGAGGACCUGAGCCCAGGAUGGGGUGCCGCCUCGCACCCCUCCCUGCGGGAGGAUCCGGAGCCUUUCACCCGAGUUCCUGAGGGACCUGAAUACCUGAACACUGCCCAAAACUCGCUCCCCCUGACUAACAGCGACAGCCUCAACAGCCCGGACUACCAGGCUGACUUCCCACCACAGGCAACGCCCCCCAGCACCAACCCCACCACUUUAACUGGGAACGGUCUUUUCCUGCCGGCAGCAGAGAACCUCGAGUACCUGGGUCUGGGUGCUGCACUGCACACCCCUGUCCGCUAGGGGGCAGCAACACUCAGAGAGUUUAGACUGAUGGUGUGAGGUUUCUGUGGCUGCAGACAGUAUUUAAUUUAUCUGUUUUAAUUGUAAAAAUUUCCAGGAAAUCCUGACUGGAACCCACACGCUGACCAAACAGUUACUGAGGAAGAGGAGAGCCAGACUUUAAGCAGGGAUUCAAACCAACCUCCUGCUUACAAAGUGGAUGUUUCUUCAACUUUUAAAUGGCUGCAUUCAUUUGUUUGACACUUGGAGUGGGAACGUGAAAACCAAACAGCCACAAGCUGUUGAGUCUCUCAACAAAACUCACAUAAACUCUUCAGUGUCACCUGAACAGUGAUUUUAAUUGGUACAUCCCGGUCCCUCAGAUGGUAGUCUGACUCACCAGAUGUAGACUGUGGAUGGAAACCUGCCAGUGCCGUCUGCGUGUUACUGUUUCCAAAUCCCCUUCACUAUGGAAGCAACAACCUUUGACAGCUUACACGUUGAAAAAGGCACAUUUUGAUGAAGGUUUGGAUCGUGUAAUAAGACACAUCUGCUUUGUUGUUUCAGUGAAUUAUUUUAAAGAUCUAUAACAAAUAAAACCACUUGUGAACGCACCUCGGAAAAAUCCAGACUUACAGGACUCUCAUGCCUGAUGUUGAUCUGUUUUCUGACACGGUCACUGGGAGUUAAUUUGCCACAUUUUAACUCUAGCAGCAGCACCUCAUCUCCAGUGGCAGUUACUUCGCUAACUGUACGUUAGGCGGAAGUCAUUCAUUUUCAAUGAGAGUCUGGCGACUUGGGCGACCUGGUUGUCAGCCGCGCGUCUUGGGCAGCCAAAGCGACCGAAGCAGAGUUAAAACUCGAUUAACUUUAUGGUAAUGAGCUCUGACGCAGUUCAGCGACAACCAAUUGGAAUGCUGACGUGCUUCGAUGAAGUGGGUCCCAGAGAACAAGCCAUGUAAUGUAACUUUGGUUCCUACAGCACACUUGUUCCAACAAUGGAUAUCAAGAAGAUUGUAACUUGCGUUCGCGCCCACUCAGUCCUUUAUAAUGUGUUGCUGUUCACUUACAGAGAUCAAAAUAAAAAGAAUGAGGCUUAGGACUGCGUUGCAGAUAUAGUUGGUUGGUCUGGGGAGUGACAGGGCCCUAUUUAGAUGGUCUAAAACGCAAAGCACCAGGCGUGCGGCGCAUGGGCGUGUCCCAGUCACUUGCUAGUUAGACAGCGCGAUUUUAGACUGUGCGCCAUGGCGGAGAGUCUAAAAGGGUUGGACUUACUCUGUGAAUUAGUCAUGGGUGUGUUUUGGGCGUAUCAUUCAAUAAGCCAAUCAGAGUGUCACCUCUCAUUCCCUUUAAAAGAGGCGCGAUUGUAGCACACGGCAGAGAGCUAGUUAGAUGGCGGACCUACCAACUGGAAAGAGUGAGCAUUUUACAGCUGAGGAGAUGGAUCUCCUUGUGUGGAAGGUGAAGGCCCGUCAGAACCAGAUCUACGAGGACAGCAAACAGGCACCCAAGCUCCCCGAGGUAAAGCAGGCGUGGGAUCACUAAUACAAGAAAGACAUUACUAAAUAUCUGUGGAAUAUUAUUCAAACCUGUUUUCAACAUAUAACAGAGCACAGCUGUCAGGACUGCCGCAGAGUUCCCCAAGGCGCUAAUCCUGCAGCUAGGACCUGUUCAGCGUUUUCUCCCCCACCCACGUUUGUGAAUUGUUUUCACAUGUUUCCUAGAGCUGUGUUCUGCCUCUUAUUUGCAUGUGUGUCCUCUCUACACUCAGAUUACAAUAUAAUAAUAUAAUAUAAUGUAGCCUAGUAUAUAAUGUAGCCUAGUAUAACAUGUUAAAAUAAAUGCAAUGUGUGAAUUUUGGUUUUCAAUCAAAAAAAUGAUGGAUUGGUCAGAUAAUUUCACAAUUUCAUUUGUCAUUAUUACAGAUUAUGAUAAUCAUUAUUACUGCGAUUAGAUCAUUCUGAUUAAUGACUGACCAUUAAGACGUGUUUCUGAUAAAUAUUUUAAUGUGCACAAUAAUAACCUUUCACAUUGUAAUAUUUUUAUUUGUUAUCUUUUGCAUAUGUGUGGCUGCUCCGUGUGUGUCUGAGCAGAGUGCACGCGCGUUGUGCACCCGCCUAGAGACGCAUAUUACUAACUUGUUUAACAGCGAAAUACUGUGCCGUUGACUUUAGACCAGGUUUUUGUUGGUCACUGGCGCAUUUGCUUUUUACGUCAUCUAACUAGCAACGCGCCAUGACUGCGCCUGACCACUCCUCAUUUUUAGACCAACACACCCAGAGAAGCGCAAGUUCAUUUGCUUGUUAGGGGACGAGGGCGCAGGGCGUGAAAAUGACAACUACGCCUGCAUCUAAAUAGCAGUGACACUUGCGACAUGGAUUAUGCGCCCUCUGCCGUCCAUUUUAGACCAUCUAAAUAGGACCCUUAAAGUGUGUAAAGUAAGUAAUAGAGGAGAGAAUUGCAGGCUAAUGUUGCAAUGAGCAUGCAAGUCUCCCUUGCUUGGUUUGAAUGGGAUAACAUACGUUUUCUGUUUUCAUUGACCAAACAUAACUUUCUGUAGGCCAACUAUGAGCUUUUUGACUGGACAACAGCAAGCAGCAACUACGCUGCUUUCAAGCCAGUAGUCCGCUUUGCAGCUCCUUUAAAUUGACAAGCACCAUCUAACAUUCAAUGAUUCACGUAAUGAGCGACUAGAGCGACCAAAGCUGCCACAAAUAUUUUUGACAGUCGUGUUUCUUGGGCAUCCACGACAGACUUUGCCUCUUUGUAAGCUUCUGGAUUGAAUUUACAGUAAUGUACCGAUCUGUUCCACUUCAUAUGAGCUUCUGUGAUAUCAUCAUAAUAAUGCUCUGUCAGAGCCACAUACAGCCAGCAGAUCAUCUGUGGUUUUAAUGGGUCCAGGGAGCUCCUCCAGAGCUAAAGUAGAAUCAGGCCUCUGAGUAUUUGAUCAUGUUUGUCUUUUUCAUCACGAAAAGUUGAAUCACACAGUGACACACGACUGUUAAUCUUUUUUUGUAACGUUUCCUUUUGUGGGGCCAUUUCAAUGACAGCACUCACCUCCCCACAUGUAAAUGUUCCAUCAAGACAAGUUCACCCCUGACACUAUUUUGCAAGAGCACCAUCACUGCAUCCUGGCCCCUGUAAUUGGUUAAAAGAAAUGCAAACAAGCCAAUUUUUUUUUCUUUUUUUCCUGAUAUAGCAGAAAGAUCAUUUGUGAUUCCAGACCUUUCUCUAUUGCUGACAAAGCACCACAUCAUUUUCAAUUUGUUUUCCACCUCAUCAUUCCUUUGCAUCCUUCCUUCCAUCCUGCAUGAAUUUGUUCAUCAACAAUAAGAAUGAGAGAAACAAAAUCAGGACUUAAAAGCUGAAAAUUAAUAAACUGACACAAGGUUUAUAAAGGUGGAUUCACCAAAGAUGAAACAUUGCAAAUGUGUUCUUAUGACUAGUAUUUCGUAAUUGUCAUCAAAUCAACACAAAGUGGUUGUGACCUGCGUCUUAUAAUUUGUAAUCAUAUAGUCUUGUUUAGAAAGGCUGUAGAGAGACAGUAUGCAGGGAUACCUAAUAGAUCCUUAGCUCCAUCAUGUAUCAGUAAGCACAGUGGCGCCUCCAACUGGGGGUGAGAAGCCUCUGGAGCAUAUCUCUCAGUGCGCCAUAGGCUGAAAACUCAGUAACAUUAUUAGACAUUUUUAAAUCUCUGUGAGAAUGAGAUAUAUUUCAUGUUAUAACAAGAUAUUUCUCAUGUUAUGGUAACACCUCAAUAUAACAGAUUUUUAUGAGAUUUUUUUUAAAAUGUUUAUCAAUUAAUUUUGUUUUCAUAAACAAUUAAAAAAAUUUCCUAUGAGGAUAUAUUUUAUAUAACUUAAACAGCUUUAAUAUAUUAUCAUUCAUGAUCUAUUUAUAUAGCAGCCUCCACUUCUGUCUGUCCACAGGAUUAGUUAUAGUAGUGUUAACAAACACUUAGAUCUACUUACAGCUACAUUCCAGUCUGUUAUGAAUUAUUUCUGAAACGUUAUUGCUUGUAAAUGCUAAAUAGGGGAACUUACGUAAGUCCUGGUUGUUAGAUACCAAAUUAUUCCAUUUUAAGUAAGAAAAACUUUUGUUAUGACAACAUAUCCUUAAAUAUUAAAUAUUUUGCCCAUCUUAAACUUUUAAUUGUAUUUGUAGCUGUAUUUCCAUCGAGUGCCCACUCAAUGUUCUCAAUAUUCACAACAUCUCCUUUUAAAACUUUGGUCCAUGAAAAGCGUUGAGUUCAAGGAGCAGUAAUUCCAGAGGAACAGUGAGUCUGUUUUUUUUUGUUUGUUUGUUUUUUUACCUUUGGUGGCACUAACCCCCCUUCCCAAGAAAAUAAUUCAAUGGGUGGCAGCACACUCAUUUAUAUCUGGGCACAAUUUAUCUGGUUUAUCUAGACAGCCUAACCACCCAUUGUUACAACACCUUCUCAUGCCAGGUCAUCACAUAUCGCAGCUUUGCCAGUGGCCUUUCAUGUCUACAUAUUACAUGUGAGGUAUCCUCCUGUGUCUGCUGUUGACAUUCCAUGACGCCGCAACCAAUACUGGGAUGUUAACAAAGGCAUGUGGUUUGGAAAGAAACAUCAUGGUUUGCCUCUACAUUCAUACAGGUAGUGAAUACCAGGCUCCUGGGUCAAAGUCCAGUGUUUGUUGGACCCAUCCACCAACCCUCCCACCCGGCCCAUAGGGACUUUCCAACUUAUAUUAUGUUGUUGCCGGCAUCCUUUCAAUCUGACACCACCUGGUGGCAUAACAUACCGUCGCCAAAGGUGGCUUUUGCCGUCAGGUGUCUGAGGCUGAAAUCACUGACAAAACGGUUGUAUUCAACAACUUCAGAAUGAGAACGGGCUGAUUGGUACCAACCAUGUUGGCACAGCUUGUCAGAGGCUGAAUAACCCUCCAAAUUUAGGCAAAAUUUUGCAGGGAACCACUGGCAUGGCUAGCCUGUUUGAAGAACAAUGAAUCACCGAAUACAGAUACACAACACAUUAAAACAGGAUUGUCUUGGAAGUGAAAAUGAUAACCUUACCUUUAUUAGUCUAUACACAUCAGAGAAUUAGUAACAUUCAUUGUAAAAUAAGAAACAAAAGUACAUCAGUAUGUGAUUCCUUAACUCUCCACAGUAACAUAGUUUUCAACUAGCCUCUAUACUUUAACAACAUGAGCUAAUUCAUGAAAUUCAGUGAUGGCUUCUGGUAUUCUUGAGCCACCCCAAGAUUUUCAGAAUGGCCCCAUCUGACCACACUGACGAGAAAUUUCUGGGGGGCGCCACUGGCUGGAGAACAAAUUCUCAAAGACUCCUCCUCUGUUGAAGCUGAAAGGUUUUUAUUUCAUGCUGUGGACAUUUUGAAAGUUUCUGCUCACCUGGGUUUAGUUUUAUUUGCAUUCCUUCUGGCUGAGUUAAUUAGUUUGGUUUGUUGUGUACGUAGAAGAAGAAGGCGAGUUUCCAUCCACUGGGCAGUGACUGUUUGGAUGGACCAACAGUAUUUGUGUUAGACAGGUGAGCUCUUGAAUGAUGAUGUAAAUAUUAACAUUUGUGUUCACAUGUUGAAUGAAUAAUUUGCUUGUUUUUAGGUUAAAUUCCCACUUGAACUAGGAGAGAAGGUUUCCAAGCAGUUUUACUAGUUAAUGUCACCAGUUAAAUCACAACAAAGUGAAAAACCUUCUGUCACCAUUUGACUUGAAACACCUUGAGUUAAGCUUUUUUUUUUUUUUU